GCCCACAGGCCGUCUGCUCCCCACCGGCUUCAUCCGCUACGGCUACGGCGGGGCGAGCCGGAACUUUUAUCCAUAGGAACGGGUUUACAGUGUAGAGUGUUGCCGGCCGGCCUCAAGGAGAUUAGAGUGCCAUCCUCUUCCUCUCACCGUAGCCGCCGCGGAGCGGUGCCGAGCCGAUCAGAUCCAGGAGCGCAGUUACCGGGCGGGCUGGGUCUAUGGUCGCUCCGCGGGCCGCUCCGCCGGCUGGUGCUUUUUUUUCAGGGCAAGCUGUGUUCCAUGGCAGGGAACUUUUGGCAGAGCUCCCAUUAUUUGCAAUGGAUUUUGGAUAAACAAGAUCUGUUGAAGGAACGCCAGAAGGACUUAAAGUUUCUCUCAGAAGAAGAGUAUUGGAAAUUACAAAUAUUUUUUACAAAUGUUAUUCAAGCAUUAGGUGAACAUCUUAAAUUAAGACAACAAGUUAUUGCCACUGCUACAGUCUAUUUCAAGAGAUUCUAUGCCAGGUAUUCUCUGAAAAGUAUAGAUCCUGUAUUAAUGGCUCCUACAUGUGUGUUUUUGGCAUCCAAAGUAGAGGAAUUUGGAGUAGUCUCAAAUACAAGAUUGAUUUCUGCUGCUACUUCUGUAUUAAAAACUAGAUUUUCAUAUGCCUUUCCAAAGGAAUUCCCUUAUAGGAUGAACCAUAUAUUAGAAUGUGAAUUCUAUCUUUUAGAACUAAUGGAUUGUUGCUUGAUAGUGUAUCAUCCUUAUAGACCUUUGCUCCAGUAUGUGCAGGACAUGGGCCAAGAAGACAUGUUGCUUCCCCUUGCAUGGAGGAUAGUGAAUGAUACCUACAGAACGGAUCUUUGCCUACUGUAUCCUCCUUUCAUGAUAGCUUUAGCUUGUCUACAUGUAGCCUGUGUUGUACAGCAGAAAGAUGCCAGACAGUGGUUUGCUGAACUUUCUGUGGAUAUGGAGAAGAUUUUGGAAAUAAUCAGGGUUAUUUUGAAACUGUAUGAGCAGUGGAAGAAUUUUGAUGAGAGAAAAGAGAUGGCAACUAUUCUUAGUAAGAUGCCGAAACCAAAACCUCCUCCAAACAGAAAUUCCCUGAGUGAUUCUCCACUAGUGGCAGGGCCUGAAGCUGCAAGAUGAUGAUGGACAAGAUAAGGCAAUAAUCCUAUUGCCACAGUUACUGUGAAGGAGAGCAGGGUCCAAAUGGAAGUCAGAACUCUAGCUACAGCCAAUCUUAAAACAUUCCGAAGAAUUCCGUAGUGGACCAGUUGGAAAUAAACCAUUGGACAGAUUUCAGUUAUGUCUUCAAUGGAACACAAAUGAAAAUGAAUAGCUUGUUUCUGUCAAGCAUAUUGGGAAGUGAUUUUAUUUUUGCAAAAUAAGUUUUACCUUACCUGAUUUGAUUCUAGUACAUAAUUGAUUGAAAUCUCUUGAUUAUAAAAGUUUGGAAAGGUUCUAAGGGGACCUACAGACAGACAUACAUAGACAUUUCAAAAUUAAUAACUUUUGAUUAGUAUAAUUUUUCUUAAUUUGGAUAAUAGAAAUUAUAGCUUUUUAUUAAGCCAGGAAACAUGAAGCAUAAUUUGUCUAAAAUUCUCUUUGGUCAUUGAAGGACCAAAAAAAAGACAUAAAAAGUCAAAUAUAUGAGGGUUUUUUUCCCUCCUUAAGUUAAACUUUAAAACUGUAUUUAAGGAAUCAAAUCUUACAAAAUCCUGGAAGAUUUUGGUAACGAUAUUGAUAAUUUCAGGGAAAUUAAUCAAGUACCUAUUGAUUUAAAAGUGUAUUUUAUUCGUAGUUUUAGUAUCUUGCCAUGGAAGAUACUAGCCCAGCCUAGCAGAAAAGUGCAAUAUGUAUAGCAUACUUUGACAUUUUAAAAGUUAUAUUAAUUCCAUAACCAUUUUGAAAUGCUGGGCAAACUUAAAAAAAAAAAAAUCCUACAUGACCUUAUUUGCAUUUGAUUCACAGUUAAUCAGGCAUUUUGAAAGUUAAUUGGAUAAAACACCAUGAUAUGGUUGAAAUUUGGUAACAUUUUAAUGUUAAUUUUUACUCUACUGUGAAAAGUUUUUAUAUGACAUACACUCCCUAGUUUAUUUUUGUGUCUUAGUGUGGAUUUACAAAUUUACUACAGGUAUCCUGAGCCAGGAACACAAUCAGGUUUCAGGCCAGUUUGAUACUGGCCAUUCUUAAUUCUCAUGAGUGUAGGACUUGGACAAAUUGUUAUGUCAGUGGGACUGUGCUGUCUGUGGAACUUAAUCAUUUUCUUCAGAUUUGAAGGAGAGUGAUGAAAUUUGAAGUCAUAGGAUACUGAUGUACAAUUUAAGGAUUAAGUUUUUUUAUAAAUCAAUUGUGAACAAUGGAUUAUUAAAUUAAGUGUUGACUUCCUAGUAUGAAACUUCAAGAAUAAAAGUAAUGUUCUCCAGUUA